UUAUGGCCAAAUUAUUAACUGAUGAAGCAUUCCAAAAAUUGUUGUUUGACCUUCUGUGCGUGUGGCACGAUGUUCAGCGUCACUAUGACCCGCCAAUUACACAUACUGAGGAGGAGAAAAUGCAAAAGGAAUUUAUUGAAGAAUGGUCUUUACUAACUUGGAAUGUUCUUUGCAUCACAAGUCGUCUGCAAAACGAAUUAAAUGUUUCCGUUAAAUCGCAAGAAGAUAAAGUUAUUUUUAACAAACUUAAUAUGGCUUUGGUUGAUCUUGUAAACAAUUCUAGAGCUGCAUUGAACCCUUUAUCAGUUCAUAUUGAUGCUACAUUCGAUUUAUUAGCCAACUCGUUAAGCGAAACUAUGCAUAUAUUGCAUGGACUUUACCGAACAUUAAAAUCUAAUAGACAAAUGAAUCCUGAUGAGGUUCAGGAUUUUGCUCAGAGGUUACAAUCUUUUUCUGACGAAUAUCUGAACCCGUUCGUGGAACUUUUCAAGUCCUAUUGUAACGAGCAAACUGUCCGUUUGUGGCAGGACUUGCGAGAUAUUCAAAUCGCAUGUUUGGUCAACAAAGUAACACUUCCAGUGGAACCUGUAGUCCGCUUGGUUAGCUUCUACUCUUUUCAGAUGCAUCGUUUGGCGAUUUUGGCGGCUAGAUUACAGGGUUUUCGCUAUGAGCUCACAGUGAACCAUCGUCAAAUGUUUGGAGAUUACGAUCCUGUCAGACCAUUAUCUGACAGUGUUUUUUCUGCUUUAGAACUGUUAAUGGCUGAUUGUGUACUCGCCACUGAGCCAUCAAUGAAUCCAAUUCUCGUCACGAACAAUCUCUUUUCAAUUUAUUGUGGUGCUUUGGCUAGGGGUGUUGUUUUUAAGCAAUUCAACGUUCAAAUUGUUAGCGAAGAUACGGCUGAACAUAUACAAUCAGAAAUGCGUAGACAACGCCUGCUUCAACAACCUUCGCCUAUCGCUCAAGUUCCUUCUGCCGCAUUAUUAGCUAUGAAACCAACGAGCGGAACAAAACGGUCAAAUGCUCAAACAAUGAAUGAUACAAGUGGAAACACGACAACUGCGCAUAAGAAAAGUGAUAUAAAUAGUAAAGAAGUUGUUACCAUCUAUCCGGCAUUUAAUACUAAAAAUCGUUACUGGGCUGCAAUUUAUCCUCAUUUAUUGUGCACAACACGUCAAAAGGGGCGACAUUCAACUAACAAUUCUUACCAAGUUAAUAAAAAUUUAUUUAAAAUAUUUUUAUAUUUUAAGGAUUUAUCUCCGAGUGGCGUUGACCCAACAAAGUUGAUAAGCGGGAAAAGGCCAAUUUUUUACUUUUAUAUACGGGCGACAAUGUUUAGUCCAUCUGGACGUUUUGCGGAUGCUCACACGCUCUCACUUCCAUUUACUAUUGCAACAAGACGAAAUCAGGACUAUCAAGUACAACGAAUGAUGAGUUCUUAUACAGCUACUUGUUUUUGGCUCUAUGGAAAUAAUGUUCAAGAUGGUCUUUUACUUCAAUGGGUGGAGGAAACUGCAAUGGGAUGGGAACGCUUUAAAUUUCUUUUUAUGCAAUAUUUUCGUGUUAAUGCUGAAGUUGAUAGAGGAUUGCAAAAUAGUGAUUUUGAUUUACUUCAAUACAAAAUUCAAUGUAAUGAUUGUUCCCCUCCUUCAAAUAUUCAAGGAAUUGGAGAUGAACGCAAAAUUACUUUUAAAAAUAUUUUGUGUCCACAUUUGCGGUAUGAAUGUGGGUCUACAAAUGUACGUUUUAGUGUUUGGAGAGGGCUUCUUGAACUUUUACAAUUAUUUCAAGACAAUAAAACCUGCGUUAAAAAAUUAUGGGAAAAGAAUUUACUGAUGGGAUUUAUGGAAUUUGAUCAGGUUGCAAAACUCCUAUCACCAUACCCCUCUGCACUAAUUAUGCGACUUUCUUUUGUUACUGGUGGAACAAUUUGUAUAACUUUAAAAUCAACUGUACAUCAACAUUCUUCUGGUAUUGAUUCAAUAAUUACAGACGAACAAACUUCCUCAACAUCAUAUGUUGAACCAAUGCAUCUAGAACCUUUAGAUCUUAAAAAAUUGCAAGCAAAAAGUCUUGUUGAAUAUUUGAGAGAUAUUGCUUUAACAGAAAAAAUAAAAUAUUUAAUUAAUGCAAAUGGAGAGCCUCUUCAAAUUGGCGAACUUCUUCUUGAGCAAUUUAAUGAAAAAAGUGCUGGUGGUGUUGGAGAAUUGGAAACAAGUCGUUGUAUUUCUUCUAAUGUUACACAUUGUGGGGAUGUUGGUGCAAUGCAGCAAAUAACCUUCACAGCAAUGCGUAUAGCUGUUGUUACAUGUAAAGUUAAACCUCCAAGUGCUGAUAUGGAUUUUGAUGAAGUUGUGCAACCAAAAGGUACUUCACCUGUUCCAAGUAGCAGUAGUUAUUCACCUUUUAAUCCUUAUUUCUUUGGCGGCGGUGGAAAUAAUAACACAAAUCAAACAAAUAAUUAUCGUCUUCCUGCAGCUAAUGAUGAUUUUGUACGAGAAGUUAUACAGUUGUGCAAUUUUUGGGGGAAAUCUAAACAGGACUUGACAGUCUUACUUGAACAAGCUGCUGAAGAACAAUUCGCAACACUCUCCCUCAAUUCAGGGCAUUCCUCCCGUGCCCAAAGUAUUUAUAGAGACCCUUCUAUAACUACUGGAAAUGGUGGCAGAAGAAUAAGCACAGGAAGUGGAAUUAUAGAGCAACAACAACAACAAUCAUCAACAACCCCAACACUUUUAGUUCAACAACAACAACCAAAUAAUAAUUCUUUUGAUUUAUUUUCUCCAACAAAUUCAACACAAUUUCAAUUACAAAAUAAUUUUUUAAAUCAACAAAAACAGCAACAAAUAAUAAAAUUGGAACAAAGGAUGUUACAGCAACAACAACAGCAACAAAAUAAUAAUAAUGGACAUUCCUCUUUUUGA